CCGCCCCGCUGCGCCUCUCCCUUCCCUGAAUUCGUCUCUCUCCUUGUCCAAGAAACCACCACGCCUCGCCCCCUCCUCUCUCAUCUGGAGACGCGUCUCCAUCUCCGGAGAGAGCGCACCGAGGCGGCGGCGCAGGGCGAGCGCGUGUUGGGUCAUCGUGUUCCCCAUGGCGGCGGCGGGCGUGGAAAAGGAUGAGGAUCCAACGGCGGUCCUGGCCGCGAGGAUUCUCGUCAGUUUCCGGCAUAGGAAACUGCUGGGGCCUCCUGAGUGGGUCCAGCUCCAGCAGGUGCCGGAGGGGUUUCCGAAACGACAGCGGAGUCGGAGGGAAAAGUUGCCGAGCGGCUGGAAGGCGGAGCUGAAGCUGGGGUACGUCGCCACCUUCGCAGGAUCCGGCGCGUGCUCCAGCGGGGAGGACGGGGAGCUCUCGCCGCCGCGCGCGAGUGAGAGAUCGAGGGCGAGGCCCGCCGCCUUGGAUGCGCUGAUGGCGGCGCCGACGCGGCGGCCGGGGAUACCGCUCUACUACGGAGCGCCGGCCGGAUCCGGCCCGUGGACGAGCGCCGCUGACCGCGCGGCGCAGCCACUCGCGGGCGAGAAGGCGGCGGCGCAGGUGUCCGCCGCCGCUUCGCUCAAGGAGUCCAUGACUGCCUCGAGCCCGGAGACACCUCUGGACUUCGGUGUCGCCGCCGCCGGAUCCAACGCGUCCUCGAGCGGGGACGACGCAAAGCGUCCGCCGCCGAAGCGGAAGGUUCCCGGGGCCCGCAGAUCUGCAGGAGGGUCGAGCGGCGACGAGGGGUGCAGCUCGCCGGCCAAGCGCACGCGGGUGGACGACGCGGUUGCCGGCGGCAAGGCUGCUGCGGUCGAGGAGAAGGCAAUCUCGGCGGAAUCAAAGAUGCAGAGUGAGCCGUCUACAAACGGCGGCCUAAAGUUUGCGUUCGACCUCAACAUUCCGUGGACGGAAGAUCAUUCGGACAUCUUUUGAUCUUGGCAAUAGUUUUGGUAACACGUUCGUGCAUGCUCGGGGAAAUAAAACCCAACUCUGUACAUAGAGGGGCAAGCUAGUAGAAGAGUUGCUGAGGAGAGCAGCCUUCGUUCCUAGAUUAUGAGGCUUAGGGAGGAGAAGGUAUCAUUGGAUUCGUCAGGUUAAUUUAGUUGUCAGCUUUGUUCAUUGCACGGUGCUGUUUUGCCGAGCAUUAGGCUUGGUCAAUGCCCUCUUCUGCUGCCUCUGUUCUUCAGAUGGUUUGUGUUAAAUUUCACUUCAUGUGGAACUGGUACGGUGCAGGAACAAUAAUACAUACGUUAGUUCUUCUGUUUUCUUA